AUUCAACGCCAUCUCCGUACAAUAGCAUGGACUCGCAAUUCAUUCACCUAGGUAGAUCUUCAAUAGUUAAUCUAAUCAUUGCCCGUUUGCCUGUUUGUUUCGACAGAGCUGUGACCACAAUAGUAGCCGCAAUGGCAAACACACGGUCCAGGCCAGUCCCACCCCCAGUCCUUCUCACAGUUGAAUGAGUCCCUUUUAUUGUCAGCCUCCUGCAACAUUCACAAUGCUUUCUCUUCUUCUUUUUUUCAUCACCAUCACUAGGGACAGUCUUUCUUUUCUUUUCUUCCUGCGUUCUUACACGCACCACAUUCUUUCCCUACUUUCUUCAAUUCCCUUCUCUUACUCUCUUUCCCUUCCUUUCCACCAUGCGUUUCACUUCUUCCCUAGGAGCUGUGCUCCUUCCCUGCACUGCUUCCUUGGUCAGUGCCAUUCAGUUUAACCCUGAUGAUGCAUCUUCCAUCCGGGAUGUAACUAAGGAGUACGCAUUUGGCUUGAUGUCCCACUAUGUCAACAAUGCCUCUGGCUUGCCCGCUGAAGAGAUCGGAAUCUUCCCCAAACCUCAUUACUGGUGGGCAGCAGGCGCUGCAUGGGGUGGCAUGAUCGAAUAUUCCCAGUUCACUGGUGAUGCCUCUUACGUGUCGACACUCACCCAGGCUUUGGUCUCCAACUAUGGUCCAAACAACGACAUCAUCCUUCCUUGGCGAAAGGAUCAAGAGGGCAACGAUGAUCAAGCAUUCUGGGGUUUGGCCGUCAUGUCAGCCGUCGAAUAUCAAUUCCCCGAUCCCGCACAGAAGGCGCCAGCAACUUAUCUACAAGUUGUGGAGAACUGCUUCAACAACAUCGUCUCUCGAUGGGCUGCCGAUACCUGUGGUGGAGGUUUGAAAUGGCAGAUCUACCCUGAAAACGACUACGGUUAUACUUACAAGAACUCCAUCUCCAAUGGAGCGACAUUUGCUCUCGGUGCCCGCCUUGCUCGCUACACAGGAAACCAGACCUACGCCGACUGGGCCACGAAAAUCUUCGACUGGACAAAGGAGGUGGGCUUGAUCAGUGACAAGUACGAGGUGUAUGAUGGAGCGGAUGAGUUGAAGGCUUGCAAAGAGAUGGACCAUACACAAUGGACCUACAACAUUGGAAUGUACCUGCACGGCUCUAGUGUGAUGUACAACUUCACCGACGGAGAUGCUGCAUGGAAGAAGCAUACCAAUGGUUUCGUAGAGCAAUCCGCCGCUUUCUUUGGACCCUACGAGAACGCAACCGAUAUCAUGUACGAGGUGGCUUGUGAAACCGGCGAGACUGGUCGACACUGCAACCUGGACCAGCAAAGCUUCAAAGCGUACCUCUCUCGAUCCAUGGGAAAGACCGCUUUAAUGGCCCCAUUUACGAGGGAGAGAAUCACCAAGUGGUUGAAGAAGUCCGCCGUGUCGGCUGCAAAAUCUUGCACUGGCGGUGCAACUGGCAAGGAAUGUGGUAGCAAAUGGUAUACUGGCAACUGGGAUGGCACAACCGGCACCGGUCAGCAACUCGCGGCUCUGGAGGUGACACAAGCGCUCCUUAUGUUGGAAGAAGGGAUUGUUCCGUCUGUUCAGGGCGAGAACAAGCCUGAGCCCCAACCUCAGCCCGUACCUGUUCCCUCAUCGUCCGCUGCACCUGAGGCGAGGUCCACUUCUGUUAGCAAGGAAGUACCCUCAGCACCUGCAACCCCACCUGCUACGACCCUCGCCACAUCAGCAGCUCAAACGCCAGAGCCUACUCCCGAGCCUACUCCCGAGCCUACUCCCGAGCCUCUUCCCAGUCCUGCUGUCACUGACGACAAGAAGCCUUGCACUACAUCAAUUCCCACUCCCAGCGCGAUCGUUCCAAGUGCACCUAUACCCAGCGAACCCGCAUCAAGUCAGCCCGCACCCAGCGAGCCAAUCACUAGCAAGCUUCCGGUGAAUACUCCAGUAACGCCUGGUGUAUGCACAUGUACACCUACCUCUACUGUUACUGUAUGGGUACCACCUGCCGUUCCCACGACAGCGUCGCCUGUUGUGCCGGCUCCUCCAUCCAUCGAGACCACAAUUCCUAUUCUUCCUCCUAAUGGAACAGUACCUGUCCCUCCACCCGCAAAUUCGACCGGUCCGAUCGAGUUUACAGGCGCAGCUUCAAGUCUGCAGACCACGAGCUAUGCCGUCAUCGCCGCGGUCACUCUUGCCGUCAUUGGCGGACUGCUGUAAAUCGAGCCGUCGUUUCCUACAAACUUCUUGUACUUCUUCCUAGAACCGCCAUAUCCACGGUUGUUCGUUUCAAACAUUUUACCUGUAUAUAUAUUAUUUUUACCCCAUUCAAGGUGCUAGAACACCAAGCAGCCGUACUCGAUGUACGGUGCAUGCAAAUUUAUAAAAUACCAUGAUGGCAGCAAUCGAGGGCGACACUCCCUUUAGAUGUAAUGCCGAGACCGAGCGAAUAGAAAAGGAAUGAGAGAAUAGCAUGAACUCUGCACUUGCUGGCUUUUGUACUGUCUGAGGCGUUUCGUGAUGUCGCGGAGUUGGAGUGGUCACCUAUACAUAAAUACCUAUACACAUAUACAGUCGACAUGAUUGAUGACCAAGUCCGCUGAUGUUUUGGAAGCCAGGGAGUGCACGGGACGGGUGUUCGCACUCCGAAGGGUGGUUUGGCAUGUGAAGAGAGGUGUCACAAGUACUUAUGUCCGUGUUGGGUAAACAAGUC